AACUGAGACCUUGGAAUGCUUUAUUAUGGCAGCAGUAGUACAGCAGAAUGACCUGAUGUUUGAGUUUGCCAGUAAUGUCAUGGAGAAUGAACAGCAGCUGGGCGAUCCUUCUAUCUUUCCUGCGGUGAUUGUGGAACAUGUGCCAAGUGCUGAUCUCCUGAACAAUUACUCGGGUUUAUCCUGUGUGGCUGAACACAAUGUGAUGAUAACGGAUAAUUCACUGGAUGUCGCAGAAGAAGAAAUCAUAGAAGACGAUGAUAUUACCCUCACAGUCGAAGCAUCCUGUCAUAACGGAGAUGAAACAAUGCAAACCAUUGAAGCCGCUGAGGCCCUUCUCAAUAUGGAUUCCCCGGAUCCGUUGCUGGAUGAGAAACGAACGAGUGAGUCUGACGCACACAUUUUUGGUGGAGAGGAGGAUGACCUUGACGUAGCCCCCAUUACUCAUGUUUCGGUCACCCUGGACGGGAUUCCGGAAGUGGUGGAGGUUCACCAGAUCCAAGACUCGCAUGGUGAAUUGCCUAACACUCUAGUGCUUGAGCAGCCAAAAAAGAAGAAAGGAAAGAAAGCCAAACCUGCCCGUCCAGAAUCCCCUACGCUGACUCCAAACAUAUCUGUGAAGAAGAAGAACAAGGAUGGGAAGGGAAACACCAUUUAUCUCUGGGAGUUCCUACUAGCACUACUUCAGGACAAAGCUACGUGCCCUAAAUAUAUCAAAUGGACUCAAAGAGAGAAGGGCAUUUUUAAGCUAGUAGAUUCCAAGGCCGUGUCCAGGCUGUGGGGGAAGCACAAAAACAAGCCUGAUAUGAAUUACGAAACCAUGGGCAGAGCUCUCAGAUAUUAUUACCAAAGAGGCAUCCUGGCAAAAGUCGAAGGGCAGCGUUUGGUGUACCAGUUCAAAGAUAUGCCAAAAGAUCUCGUCUACAUAGACGACGAGGAAUCAAAUUCGAGCAUGGACUCUCCGGACGCAACGUUGCUUUCAACGCCUGAGGCCAAUAGAAACCAAGCGGGCAGAUCCAGAGCGUCUUCUAAUGCAGGAACCCGAGGGGGCCCCGCUGCUGUUCUAAAGAUACCGGGGAACUCCAGGUCUACGAAACUUAAGCAGCCGGUGGAAUCCGCUCCACAGCAGCUGCCAUCCCUGAGGACAAUGCAGUCCGCUCAGUCAGUACACCCAACGCAGCUUUAUCGGACAGUUCAAUUAAUGCAGUCCCUUCCGGAAGGACACACCGCUCUGACCAGUAACAUGCAAGAGGAGACCGUGAACCCUUCUGCUCAGAACAUAAGGACCAUCCAAGCUCCAGGACAAGUUCCAGUUGUCGUUUCAUCCGGGAACCAACAGCUGCAUACCGUCACACUCCAGACAGUGCCUCUGACAACGGUCAUAGCCAGUGCAGAUCCCACCUCAGCAGCAACAUCCCAGAAGUUUAUCCUUCAGGCCAUCCCCACUUCACAGUCCAUGACGGUGCUGAAGGAUAACGUCGUGCUGCAGUCCCCCAAGCCCGGCUCACCCCCCUCCUCCAUCGUCUUGAGCCCCACGCAGGUCCACCAGGUGCUCAGCAGCAACAUGCAGACAAUUUGCAACGGGACAGUCAACGUGGCUUCUUCUCCAUCCUUCGGCGCCGCUGCCCCCGUAGUAACUUUUACACCGAGCGGCUCACAAAUGAUCGCUCCACCCUCCAACGCUGUGAUCACGUCCGUCAUUAAAGCCCCGGAAAGUAAACCGACGGUUAUUCAAGGGGUGAUAAAGUUGGAGCCCGACGACGGCAUGCUAGAGGAAGCCAAACACUCAGAACAGAGUUUCCAGCAGCAGCCUUUUGUGGUGAUGGUGUCCAGUUCAAACGGGUUUCCCUCCACAUUGCAUAUUAAGCAGGAAAGUGAACAGUUGGAUCCAAGUCCCUGUGAGUAA